GUACGCAGCGCACCUACCGCGGUCCUCCUUCGUCCCCGCACCGCCGAGCCUAAAUGGCCGUUCACAAUGAAGACGAUGACUUUAAUAACGACGGAAGGUUCUUCUCAAUACCCAUACCUAGCGAGUUCGAAGACACCACCUACACCACGCCGCCCUCCCCUCUAUUCGACACCACGAUUCCCCGUCCGACAAGCGCCCCCGAGCCUACCCGGGCUCAACAACAAGACCCGCGCUUGAAACGCGCUCGCACACCGAGCAAUGGCAAAUACGACUCGGAAACUUACGCCUCCAUCCUCUCCACGCUCGCCAGGCACUCCCGGAAACGCUCUGCCUCGCGCGCCUCCGAGUCAGGGUCCCUCUCCGCGCUGCUCGUUAUCACCAACGAGCGCCUCUCUCAAGAGACAGCCCGCGCGAACGCCCUCCAGGUCCAGAAUACGACGCUCGAGGCCGGCAUACGCACACAUGUCACCACCGUCGCCACACUCCGACAGGAACUCGCCGCCGCGCGCGAGGAGCUCCGGCUGUACAAGCUGCAGCUCGAAACCGCCAACAGGGAGAUUGCCCGCGCCCAGAACGUCUGCGACAGCGUGGAGCGAGCGCGGGUCGAUGCGGAGGAGCGCGCCGCGCGGGACCGGGACCGCGUACGACGAUACGCUGAGCAAAUCGAAACGGAGCGCGCCCGAGAGGAAGGCUACGAGCAUGGACUGAGGGAGGGCAUGACCCGUGCCGCGGGAGUGUCCUCCUGGCGGCGCUUCGUGCCACGCCGGGUGUACACGGACCCUGUGGGCACAGUUUACAGAGCAGAUGGGACCGGGUAUGUGCCGUCGGACUCGGUUACGUCCUCUGGCUCGUCCUCUAGGCCGCCUUCACGCACCGCACGUAAGUCGCUGGUGCCGACAUCAGAGAUAGUGUCGCCGACACCCAUGCGCGCGAUGCCGGUACCGACACCGGCGCGUCCUCCAUCAUCGGCGGGAACUACGCGCCCUUUCUCUCGCCCUCGAAGUCAGUCUCAGCCUCCCGCACCGCAGGUCGUCCGCACGCCGACCCGCCAGGAAAGCCGUACUGCUUCCAGGCAAGAACCGCGGCCACCAACGAGGCAGGGAUCUACCCAGCCUCGGCAACCCGAAAACAUCAAUGUCUACCCCAUCCCCUACGUCCCGUCCCCCACCCCAUCGAAACGCUCCAUCGUCCUUCCUCCGGACAACUACAUUCCUGUCUUCGAUGAAGAAACACAAUCCAUCUUAUUGCCUCCUCCGCAUGAACUUGCUCCUCCCAAUCCCACCGACGACGCUGAGGAGGAGGUCGUAUUCUCACCCAGGGCCCCACAGAAUGAAGAUUACUUUUCGCAUGAGCCAGCACGUUUAACACGCAGCCGUCGGGACUCCGAGUCGCGUCCACGACAAGCACAUGCUUUCCCAAUAGGUCGCACUACCUCCGACGCGUCCACGACCAUGUCCCAGUACGACCUCCUGCGCCACGGUGACGGCGGCGGCCCAGGCAGGUCCCCCAUCCCCAACCCGCCGCCCUCGCACGCGCAUUCGCAACCGACCGAAGAAGAGCGAAGGCGCCGCUCCGACGAGCUGGUGCGCGAGUGGCAGGCGCACAACAUGAACGCGCAGGACGAUAGUAGCGGGAUGGAAGACGGCGGGGACCCAAGACGCGGUAAUCCGCCGCCACCUGGACCCCCUCCGCCACAGCAGAUGCAGCCAGCACCAGUGUACGGCGACAGGCCACCAACGCGGGAUAGGGCGCAAUCACAAUCACACUCACAGGAGAGGCAUAGGACGCAGUCGGCAGCGCCGCGGCCGCCCAGUGUGAUGUCGCACCAGAGUAGGGGGCCGCCGCCGAGUGGACCGCAUACGAAGCCGAAGCGUAUCGUGCUGCCGACGCCACUGACUACGUAUUCGUCGAGCGCGCCGUACGUUCCCACCCUCAAAAGCCAGAACCUGCCGCCCGCACCGUCCAUGCCGGUACCGCCUGUUCAACAGCCCUAUACCCGCCAGCGCACUCCCUCGCAGGCCCAGCCGUACCAGCAACCGCCUGCUGAGCCUUACCAGCAACCAUACCAGCAACCACCCCCGCACCGCCCGCGCGACACGCCCAACUCGCACUCCACCUCCUCCGGCUCCAACGCGCAACCAAAGCGCGCGUCCAUCGGCGGCUGGGUCAAGGACCGCCUGAAGAUCAAGCGCAACUCGACGUCGUCCUCGGUCCCCCAGAUCGCGAUCGAGCCGCCGGUGAGCGCGCCGCCGCCUCCGCGCAGGAUUACAAGUUGAUCGUUGACAUGCUUUCUUUUCCGAUUCACCUACCCUCCACCGAUGCCUUGGUGGACUACCUACGCGCUCGUGCUCUCCGCUGGCCCUUGCCUGUUCACCCGUGCUUGCCGCUUCACCCAUAGUCCGCCCCCAAUACCGAGUCUUCGGGGAGCACCGUACCGGACGAAAGGUUGCUGAGCCCGACGGGCACGCCGACGAUCCAACUCCCGGACGAGCUGCGCGAGCCGCGAGGGGAGAGCACUCCGCGCGUCAUGUCGCCCGUGUCACCCAGCAUGCCACAGGGAAUGGCACCAGGCGUGCCGCGCGUCAUGUCGCCCAUGUCCCCUGGCAUGCCGCCAGCGGGUACGCCCGUCAUCGAGCUGCAGGGCGAUGAACUGCCGCCUGGCUUCAUACCCAGGGCAGUGUCGCCGCUGCAGAACUGAGAGGGCGAUACAUAUAGGCUGGCCUGGGGUGACUUUGGCGAGCUAAUUUCGCCAGGUCGAAGAGGUGCCGUCGCCGAUGCUACACAGCUGCCCGAAUGGGUUGUUAUAAGCUCCCAUUACCCCACGAGCUACAUCUUCACUGGGACGCGUACGAGCUACAUUGCCUGCCUCGCGCGCUCGUCUACUUCAUCUUACUUCAUGCUUCGUCCUAUUCACGAACCUUCAUGCUUCAUCAUGCCCCCCCAUUCAACAUUCAUCAGAGCAUUGGACUCGUUGUACAGCGGACGGACAAUAGCACAUACCGCGCACAUGUAUCUCACCUUUUACGACCUUGACAUGACCUUGGCCCACGAUGGGUACGAUCACGACUCCACACGGUUAUACGGACACGACACGACCAAAACCUCACAGUAUCCAGCUCAGUGAAUGCAUUGACUGCAGAGACCAGGCUAUGAGUACAAUCACCAGUGGUGUACAACAGAAGUCCGUGCAGCUGAGGAGUGUGUGACAGUACAAGUCCUUGUUUCGAAAGCAGAUAGUCCCAGAGCCAGUGUACCCAGAA